UAUGCAUCAUAAUAAAAAAAGUAAAGAAUAUCGUGCUUAUUAUGAAGCUGCAGCUAUUGCAGCAGCGGCUGCUGCAUCAGAAUUUUUUAAACAGCCCACAUCAUCAUCUGCAACAUCAUCAUCGAUUAUGAAUCAAUCAACAUCAAUAUUGGAUUCUGGAUAUGGAUCAUCAUCAUUGAAUCGUUAUCCAGAUCAAACAUCAGCUGGUAAUUAUCCAAUGGUUAAUCCAUAUGAUCAUUUAGCAUCAACAUUGGGUUUGAAUCUUCGCAAUUCUGAAACGAAUAACCAUCAUCAUAAUAAUGGUGGUUAUGGAUCAUCAUCAUCAACCACAAAUUAUCAUUCACAAAGAUUUAAUAAUUCAUCAUCGUCUGCAUUCAUUUUUCCUUAUCCACAACAUCAAUCAACAUCCGGUUAUUAUUCAAAUGGUUGUUGUUCCAAUAGUUUUGAUCCGACAAAUCAAGUGAUUGAUCAACACCUACAACAAUCAGUAUCCAAUAAUUGUUGGAACCGCAAUACAACAACAACAACAGUAGCAACUUUAACUUCAACAAUCCAAACAACAACGAUGACAACAACUGGGACAACUAGGACUACCACCACCACCACAUCAUCAUCAUCAUCAUCAUUGAAUCAAGGGUCCAAUGUCAAUGCUGGAACGACUGCUAAAGCUACUAAUACGAAAGCUACUGAAACCGCUGCAACCAUUUCUACAACUAAACAAAGUCACAAGUCACAUCGUGAGGAAAAUCAUUUAAUUCAAAUAGAUUUGAUCCCACCUACUACGGGUACUAAUGUAGAUGAUGAUGAUGAUUGCAAUCAUCGUGGCCGUUCAACAGUUGAUUCAUCGACUUUAUUGUUUGCAGAUCACCGUCAUCAUAAUAAUCGAUCAUCACCAUUUUGUAGGCCACCAUCAGCUGCAACAAAAAUAUCAAAAUCUUUAUCAAAAGAAUCAGCAUCAUCGCGACAAAUUGAAAUAAAUUUCAAUUUGGAUGAAAAUCGUAAUCGAACAAAAAGUAAUCAUCGACCAUCAACAACAAUAACAACAACAACAGCGACACCAAAAAUGACUGUCGUUCAUCACAUUUUAUCACCAUCGAUUGUAUCGAAUGAAUCACAUCCACAUCCACAUCAUCAUAUACAACAACAACAAACAUCAUCAUCCUCAUAUUUAUCAACAGCUAGUCAUUCAUCAUCAUCAUCAUCAUCAUCAUCAAUAAAUUGUUCACCACCAUUGAUUCUUACAAAUGAUGAUAAUUCACAUGGAUAUAUUGGUUAUCCGAUAUCAACAACAAAAACUUCAAUACAUUUACCGAUCCAUCAGCAACAACAUGGGAAUUCAAUAAAAUCUGGUCCAACAAAACCAAAAUCAAAACCACGUAGACGUGUAGCAACAGUAGCACAACGUCGUGCAGCAAAUAUCCGAGAACGGCGACGAAUGUUUAAUUUAAAUUCAGCAUUUGAUAAGUUACGAAAAAAAGUUCCGACAUUUGCAUAUGAAAAACGUUUAUCAAGAAUUGAAACAUUACGUUUAGCUAUAAUGUAUAUAAGUUUCAUGUCUGAUCUAUUGGAUACAACAAGCAUUGCAAGUGAUAUGACAACAAUUGAACCACCACAGCAACAACAACAACAAUUAUCACCAUCAUUAACAAUGACAAAUCGAUCAAUGAAAAUAUUGAAAUCAAAAAUGGAAAAAUGCUAA